AAGCCCAAAACCCCACACAGUACUUGGAUCACAAAAUCAACAUAAACCCUUUCUGCUCUACACUCUUCCAAAACCAAAUCGAUCUUCCCUUAACCGCCAACAACCAUGAGAAGGGCUUCCACUCUCGCCUCCUUCCCCAUCCUCUCCCGAUCCAUCGCCACCCUCCACGGCGGCGCAACCGCCACGUCACCCUCCCACCGCCUUCUCCAGGUAGCUCUCUACAGCUCCGCCGGCGCCGGCUCUCAUGGUCGCCGUCCCUGGUUCGAGUCAUUUUCCGGCCGGAAGCUGGCCGUCGGCUUCGCCGGAACUCUGGCUUCGGUGGCUGUUGCCACGUCGCUCGCUCAGGAAGUCCACGCCAAAGAGCCGCCUCCGGCUGAGCUCGUCCCCAAGGAGGUUGUGCUGUACCAGUACGAAGCUUGCCCUUUCUGCAACAAAGUGAAAGCAUUCUUGGACUACUAUGAUAUACCGUACAAAAUUGUGGAGGUGAACCCACUCAGUAAGAAAGAGAUCAAGUUUUCGGAGUAUAAGAAGGUUCCGAUAUUGAUGGUGGAUGGGGAACAGCUAGUUGAUUCAUCAGAUAUAAUUGAUACCUUGACUGAGAAGAUUCUUCCUGACAGAGUACCGCAGAGAGUAGCAGUUUCUACCUCAGAAGAGGAUGAUGAAGAGAAAAAGUGGCGCAAGUGGGUUGAUAAUCACCUGGUGCAUAUGCUAUCACCAAACAUAUACCGAAAUACAUCUGAGGCCCUUGAGUCCUUUGACUAUAUCACAAGCAAUGGUAAUUUUAGUUACACAGAAAAAAUUACAGUGAAGUAUGCUGGUGCUGCAGCUAUGUACUUUGUGUCUAAGAAACUGAAGAAAAAAUAUAACAUUACUGAUGAACGUGCAUCCCUGUAUGAAGCCGCAGAAACAUGGGUUGAUGCUUUAGAUGGGCGGGAAUUCCUUGGGGGGUCAAAACCUAAUUUGGCUGAUCUUGCUGUUUUUGGGGUGUUAAGACCUAUCCGUUAUUUGAGGUCUGGUAAAGAUAUGGUUGAGCACACACGCAUAGGUGAAUGGUACUCAAGAAUGGAGCGUGCUGUAGGAGAGCCUUCAAGGAUUAAGGAGUAGAUGGGAAAUCCUCUGGAGUUGGUAGCUGGAUUGAGUGGAUUCUAUACUUCAUUUUUGAGUUUGCCGUUUCCGUCGCCAAACUAAAUCAAAUACAAAGAACAAACAUUUCUCCGGGAACCAGUUAUAAAUUAACUGGGAUAUAUGCAAUAUUUUUGCUACCGUUCGAUUAUUUUGAUAACCGAAAUUGUUUAUUAUCACACUAGAUAUGAUUGUUCAGCAGUGUAGGGAAUAAAAAUCUCAGUUGUGGAUCAUCUGUGGUAACUUUGUUCAGAUCUAAUUAAUAUCCUUGACAACCUACUCUGUCAAUUUGAUUGAUUUAAAGAAUGAACCUUUGCUCUUA